UCUCGUCAACAACGUCUUCUCGUCGACGCUGUUCGUCCCAGAUCGAGAUCGAGGCCGAAGCUCGGAGAAGCGACCGCCGGACCGCCGGUGAAUGAUCUCCCGCGAGAAUCGCCGCCCUCUCUUCUCCUCCGCCGUCUCCGCCGCGGACGGGCUUCUUGCCGUCGUUGCCGCGUGAAGCUCCAGCUCGCGCAGCUGCCGCCAGUCAUGGCUCUCCACCUCCGCCAGAAGCAGACAGAAUGUAUAGUUCGGAUGUUAAACCUGAACCAACCUGUGAAUCCAUCGGGGACUGCGAACGAGGAAGUGUAUAAGAUCUUGAUCUACGACAAGUUUUGCCAGAACAUACUUUCCCCGUUGAUCCACGUGAAGGAUCUUAGGAAGCACGGCGUAACCCUCUAUUUCCUCAUCGAUAAGGAUCGGAAGCUAGUCCAUGACGUACCCGCGGUGUAUUUUGUCCAGGCGAGUCAAGUUAAUAUCCAGAGAAUCGUCGCCGAUGCUUCUCGCUCUUUAUAUGAUAGUUUCCACCUCAAUUUCUCGUCUUCGAUACCACGGCCGCUUUUGGAGGAUUUGGCUUCCGGGACGUUGAAUUCGAACUCAUUAGAUCGGAUCUCAAAGGUUCAUGAUCAGUACUUGGAGUUUGUGACAUUGGAGGAUGACUUGUUUUCUUUGGCCCAGAAGUCAUGUCAUGUUCAGUUGAAUGACCCAUCGGCCGGGGAUCGGGAGAUUGAAGAGAUUAUAGAGAGAAUUGUUAGUGGGCUGUUCUGUGUUCUGGCCACACUUGUGGUCGUUCCCAUAAUUAGGUGCCCUCGUGGUGGACCUGCUGAGAUGGUUGCCGUGGCACUUGAUCAGAGGUUGAGGGAUCAUUUGUUGUCGAAGAACAAUUUAUUUACCGAGGGUGGAGGUUUUGCUAGCUCGUUUCAGCGUCCAAUUUUGUGUUUAUUUGAUAGGAACUUUGAAUUGUCGGUAGCUAUACAGCAUGAUUUUAGGUAUAGGCCACUUGUUCACGAUGUUCUUGGGUUGAGGCUUAACAGGCUGAAUGUUCAAGGUGAAAAGGGUGGAAUGAAGUCAUUUGAGUUGGACAGUUCAGAUCCCUUUUGGGUGACCAAUGGUUCACUAGAAUUUCCUGAAGUUGCAGUUGAAAUUGAGAACCAGUUGAACAAGUAUAAGAAGGAUGUGGAUGAGGUAAAUAAAAGAACUGGGGGAAGUGGAGGUGCUGAAUUUGAUGGAGCUGAUUUGAUCGGAAACACGAAGCAUUUGAUGAAUGCUGUUAAUUCCUUGCCUGAACUGACGGAGAGAAAGCAGGUGAUUGAUAAGCACACAAACAUUGCGACAGUGUUGCUGGGUGAGAUCAAGGAGAGAUCACUCGAUUCUUAUACCAAAAAAGAGAAUGACAUGAUGGUCAGAGGAGGCAUUGAUCGGGCUGAACUGCUGGGUGUGCUCAAAGGGAAAGGAACAAAGAUGGACAAGCUACGAUUUGCAAUCAUCUAUCUUAUUUCCUCAGAAACUAUUAAUCAGUUGGAAGUGGAAUCAGUCGAAGCAGCACUUAAGGAAUCAGAGGUUGAUACUACUGCAUUUCAAUAUGUAAAGAAGAUCAAGUCACUAAAUGUUUCCUUGGCAUCAGCAAAUUCUGCCAGCAGAAGCAACAUUGUUGAUUGGGCUGAGAAACUGUAUGGGCAGUCUAUAAGUGCAGUUACUGCAGGAGUGAAGAAUCUGUUGUCUAGUGACCGGCAGCUGGUGAUGGCAAGAACUGUGGAGGCCUUGAUGGAGGGGAAACCGAAUCCGGAAAUUGAUUCUUACCUUUUGCUUGAUCCUCGUGCUCCUAAAUCUGGUGCUGGGACAAGUAGCAGCCAUCUGAAAGGUCCAUUUAAGGAGGCUAUAGUUUUCAUGAUUGGCGGUGGCAACUAUGUGGAGUAUGGAAGCUUGCAAGAACUUGCAAAACACCAGCAACCUGUCAAGCAUGUGAUUUAUGGAACAACAGAGAUUCUCACUGGAGUGGAAUUUGUUGAGCAACUUACGGUUUUAGGACAGAAGAUGGGAUUGGGUAGUGUGGAUGCUCCUUCCGUGUCCCAUUAGUACAGUUGUUGCUAUAUGACUAAAGUGUCAGCAUCUCGACAGUUGAUCUCCCUGGAUGCAACCUUGGAUCUGACGACCGUGACGGCAGAAACAAAGGCGAAAAAUGUAAUUGAAAGACUGGCGAUUGGACAAGCAGAUUUAAGGCUCGUCUUCAGCAUGAAACUUGUCCAGGAAAUAGCGGGUGGGCACCAAAUAACUUCUUCAGCAAUCCCAGAGUUCUGCCUCCUUGCUUCUCAAGAUACUUGUAUAUCAUUUUCUCUGUGUAGCUUGUUUUACUCAAUACGCAGGCAUUUAUUGUGGAACAAAGCAAACAUCUGGCAUCCCUUAGGUACUCACGAGAUUUGCGCUUAUCGAACACCUUUUGUUGUUUGUGAGUA